AUGAAAACACCAGACUCCAAGUUAUUCACCAUGGUCCAGAUCAAGAUUCCCAUGCUCGCAACCCUGACCCUGUUGAGCGCCAGCAUCGGCUGCUCAGCCGCAACGAUCACCAAUAGCUUGCUACUAUCCUCCAUCGCCGACCAACUAUCCUUGCCUGCAUCGACGUGGUCCGCCAACGGGACCCACACGGCGAAGGGAUUCACCUCCCAAUCCGCCGACACGGCCUCCCCCGAGGGCUUGAAAGAGGACUGCGACAACAUCAAUCUGAACAAGAAGCUGGCGGUCGAUUUCCGCAGUGAUGUUCUCGGCGACGGCGUGACGGGCUUCUUCUACAAGUGCGAGAAGGUCAGCUCCGAUACGAACAAGUAUUGGUUUACCAUUAGCGCGGGCGACAAGGCCCAGAUCGAUCAGCUUUGUGAUCCUGAGACUACCUACCCGAUUGUGUUUGAUCAGCAGCACAACACUUGGUUCAUUGAUGAGCCUUUCGAUUGCACGCGACGGACCAACCCGACGGACUUUUUCUGA